UGCCUCCCCUGCCAGCCCCCACAGGCCCCCCUCUAAAGCCCAGGCAGGGAUGUCUGGCUGUGCCCCAGGGCUCACUCUCACUUCUUCCUCAGGGGUCUCAGGGGACAGGCUGACUAGGAGAACAGGAGACUUGUGGGUCCUAAAGCAGUGGACUCAAGGCCACCUAUGAAGCAGACUUGGUUUAAACCGGGGACGACCCUCUCUAGUGUAGGUGCUAACAACAUUUCUUUUUCCUUCCUCAAGGCCACUCAAAGCCUGCCUUCGUAACUGCACGCCCGCCUGCAGUCCUUGACCUGUGUCAUCAUGCCUCGGAAGCACAAAACCAAGCAUCAUGCCCAUGGGAAACGCCACGAGGUCCAGGGGGACACUCAGGAGGCCCAGGCCAGUGCUGCUGCAGCCCCAGGAGAGGAGUGCCCAUCCUCACCCUCUUCUGCCCCUCAGGGUUCUCCCCCGAGCUCCCCUGCUGCUGGCGAUGGCCAGGAGCUUCAGGGAGCCAUGGCCCCUAGCUCUCCCGUUGCAGAGGCUUCCUGUGCAGAAUCUGAGGAAGGUGCCCAGAGCACCGAGGAGGAACGUGCAGAUGCCGCCCGGGCAGCCCUGCUCGCUCGGAGCAUUCGCAAAGAUCCUCUGAAUAGGAAGGCCAGCCUGGUGAUGGAUUUCCUGAUGAAGAGGUACAUCAAGAAGGAGCCCAUCACACAGAAUGGCAUGCUGAAUGUCAUCGGCAGGAAGUACAAGCAGCACUUCCCUGAGAUCCUGAGCAGAGCCUCUGAGCGCGUGGAGCUGGUGUUUGGCCUGGAGCUGAAGGAAGUCGACUGCAGCAGGAACAUCUACACCCUCGUCAACAAGUUCAGUCUCGGGGUUGAGGAAGGUUCAAGUGAUGAGGAGGAGCUGCCCAAGUCUGGUCUCCUCAUGGCGCUCCUGGGCAUCAUCUUUAUGAAGGGUAACCGGGCCACUGAGGAGGAGAUCUGGGAUUUCCUUAAUGUGUUGGGGAUCCAUGCUGGGAAGCAGCACUCCAUCUUUGGGGAGCCCAGAAAGCUCAUCACCAAAGAUCUAGUGCAAAAGAGGUACCUAAUCUACCGCCGGGUGCCCAAUAGUGAUCCUCCGGGCUACGAGUUCCUGUGGGGCCCGAGAGCUUAUGCUGAGACCACUAAGAUGAAGGUGUUGGAAGUUAUGGCCAAGAUCCAGGAUAAGGCCCCGAGUUCCUUCCCAGAACUCUAUGACGAGGCUCUGAGAGAUCAGGUGGAGAGAAUAGUGCUGAGAGGAGUGGCCAGGGUUCCAACAAUGGCUGAAAUCAGUGCCCCUACCACGGCCAAGUCCUACAGCUCCUCCCACAUCUAGAGAGGGGUCAGGGCACUUUGUUCCCUUUGUGUUGGAAGACAACUGUCCACCUCUUAAAUAGUAUGGGGUAGUAGGGGUGGGGGGAACAAAACCCAUGUUCUUCACAGUUUUAAGUAUUAUGGGAGUUGAGGUGCAGGUUUAACAAAAUAUACAUGUUUUCCUUUUAUCCAUAUGAAUAAUAUCUAGUCAAAAGUAGACGAUUUAGGUAGGGAGGUAGAGGUUUUUUGUAUUUUUAAAUGUCACUACUCUUCAUAAGGUUUAUUUUGCUUCAGAAUCUAGGUUUAUUAAUGUCAUGGAUGUCAUGUUUACUGAUGUUAGGUUUAAGACUAAGAAUUCAUUAUUUAUAAACAAGUUGAAAAGACUUCAAUAUUUUCCUUAUGGUCCAGAACAAGGUAACAUAACAUUGGAAUAGAAUUUUACUUGGAAAUGUGUCUAAGAACCCUAGAGAUAAGUAUUUGGGAUUACAAAGCUUUCAGAGUAAAUGCUGGCUUAUUCUUUGUCUUCUUAUCUGUCCUCUUUCCUUGUAAAAGUUAAUAACAUGGACUUAGAUUUGUUUAGCUUAUUCACACUGUAUGACACUUAAAUCAUAAUAAAACAGAGUCUUUG